AUGGCGCCUCGGCUCUGGGGAGCUGCCCGCAGGCGGCCGGAGGAGAGGAACGCGUUUGGCUGCGGCGAAGCUGUGGCCCCGUGCGACCGAGGCCGCCUUGUCACCUCAUUGUCUGCGAGCUGCGCUGGGCGCUCGGGGGAGCUCCCUGCUCCUAAUAUUUGCGGGAAUAACGGAAACGGGAGAAAAUGCUGCAGUUUUUUAUGGGUGAUGAUUCAGUACCAUUCCUUUUUUUUUGACCAAGGAACCACUAAAACUUAUCAAAUACCUAUUGGUCACCUGGACUACAAGUUCAUUGAAAAAUGCACAGAUGUUAAACAUCUCGAAAAGAUUCACAGGGUUUUAAGGUCUGGUGAAGAGGGAUGUUAUCCUGAACUUACAUUGUUUUGUGAAAAGCGUAUUGAGCAUUUAGAUCCAAGGAGCAGAGCUCUGAGAAAAGAUAAGCCUGCAGCCACAGCUUCUGACUUCACAGCUGAAGAAUGGGAAACAAUUAAUGGUGAACUGAUGAGCUGGGUGACAGAAAUGAAUGAAGAUUAUAAGAAACCACAGUUCCUGAGAGCAGACACACUGCAUGAAAGACAAGAUAACUUGCCUCCUAUUCGUUUUUCCAGCAGCUGCCUUCCUGCUAAGCAGUUACAAAACAAACAAAGAAACAUGAAAAACAUACCACGGGAUUACAGUGAAUGGGACAAGUUCGAUGUGGAAAAGGAGUGUUCUAAAAUUGAUGAAGGCUGUGAAGAAAAUAACUCAAAACCAAGAUUCUUUAGUAGGCCAAGCCCACCUAUAAUCGAAAAGAAAAUAGACACAGCUGGCAUGACAGAGAAAGAAAAGAUUUUUAUUGCUACUCGUGAAAAAGAAAAGGGCAAUGAAGCCUUUGCCAUUGGGGAUUAUGUGGAAGCAGUGACAUAUUACAGUCGGAGUAUAUCAGUAAUACCCACAGCAGCUGCAUAUAAUAACAGAGCUCAAGCAGAAAUCAAACUUCAGGACUGGGACAGUGCUUUGCAGGACUGUGAGAAGGUACUAGAUAUGGAACCUGGCAAUGUAAAAGCUCUGAUGCGCCGUGCCACUGUACAUAAUCAGCUGCAGAAUUACCAGACAGCUAUAGAGGAUCUGAAUAAAGUAUUAUGUGUUGAACCAGAAAAUGCUAUAGCUAAGAAAAAUUUGCUAGAGAUUGAAAAGAAACUGAAAUGUUUAAAGCCUGUAUUUGAGACUCAAGGCAAAGGAACAAGAAUACUUAUUCAAGAUAUAGAGGAUUCAGAAGGUGAUGAAGAAAGAGGGGAAAAUACAGAAGAACGUGAAAGAAGUGGAGGAGAUAAAAAAAUUGGCGUGCCAGUAAGAGGAGAGGCGGCUGCCGAGGAGGCUGAGAUGGGGAACGCGCACAGAAAGUUUCAUGGCAAAGGAGGUGGUAGUAAGGCGGAGGACGGGGAGACUCAGAAGCAGAAGGAAGCCCCUGAGAGCGCGUUAAAAAAAGGCACAUCAGAGAAACAACUACAGAAGCAUUUGUCAGACCAUGAAGGUGAAAUUAAUGGCUAUUUAUACAGUGAUCAAAAGUGUGAAAGCCCUGAAGUUGAGAAGAUCUCCAGAUCGCAUGAAGCAGGGUCUCAGUCGGCUGAUGGUGGUGGCAGUUCUACUUCACUUCCUCCUACUGCAGCAAAACUAAAAAGUGAAGGAAACGAGUUAUUUAAGAGUGGACAGUUUGGAGAAGCUGUGCUCAAAUACUCGGAAGCAAUUGAGUAUGUCGUCGGUCUGGGAGAACAAAGUCCAGAGGAUUUGAGUAUCUUGUACUCGAACAGAGCAGCGUGUUACCUCAAAGAAGGCAACUGCAGUAACUGCAUUCAGGAUUGUAACAGAGCUCUGGAGCUUCAGCCAUUUUCCCUUAAGCCACUUCUACGACGAGCAAUGGCAAAUGAGUCUAUGGAGCGGUAUCGACAAGCAUACGUUGAUUAUAAAACAGUCCUACAAAUAGACAGCAGCAUCCAAGCAGCAAAUGAUAGUGCUAAUAGAAUAACAAAGACUUUAAUAGAUCAGGAUGGUCCCAGCUGGAGGGAGAAACUGCCACCAAUUCCAGUUGUCCCAGUUGCUGCUCAGCUACACAGGUGGGAUGGAGGAAACUUUACUUCAGAGAAUAAGCCAAGAACUACUACAGAUACCAACAGAGAAGAACAGUUGCAGAUGAAUCGUGAGAAAGCUGAGGAGGAGUUCAAGACACUAAAAAAUGAAGGGAAUGAUUUUGUAAAAAAGGGUAAAUAUGAAGAAGCUGUAAAUAAAUACAGCGAAUGCAUGAAGUUAAAUACCAAGGAAUGUACGAUCUACACUAACAGAGCUCUCUGUUACUUGAAACUGUAUAAAUAUGAAGAGGCUAAGCAGGAUUGUGAUCAUGUUCUUCAGAUAGAAGAUUCUAAUAUUAAAGCUUUUUAUAGAAGAGCACUAGCGUACAAAGGAUUACAGAAUUACGAAGCCAGUGUUGAUGAUUUCAACAGAGUACUUCUAAUAGAUCCAAAUGUUCUUGAAGCAAAAAAGGAGCUAGAGGAGGUAACCCAACUGCUCAACCUUGACAGCGGUGCUGUAGUUGGUGGACAGCAAAAGCAAAGGAAGAAAAUAACCAUACAAGAGGUGACUGAAUCUGAUGAACAGGAAGAGAGAGAGUUUGCUACAUCAGAAGAUGUUGUGACUGAUCAUUUUACUUCUAAGGAAGCAGUUCAAAAGUGUGUGCCACUGCAGACCUCUGAGAAACUGCACAUUUCUGAACCAUCUAAUGCUUAUGACUUUGGUCAGAUUAUAAAUGCAGUGAAUACCAAUAAGGAUAAAGCUGCUUGUGCAGAUCUUUUAACAAUUACUGAUCCAGAAAAAUUGCCAAUGCUGCUAAGUAACAAACUCGAAGGAGAAAUCCUUUUGAUCUUUAUCCAGUCGUUGGAAUAUUAUGUAGUUGGAAAAGAUCCUGGCCUUGUAUAUCAGCACCUUUUCUACUUAAGCAAAGCAGAAAGAUUUAAGGUGGUGCUGGCCCUUCUUAGCAAAACCGAAAAAGAACAGGUUCAGCAACUGUUUGACAUACUUUCAGAAAACCAGAAUCAUCAGUACUCUUUGGAAGAUCUUGAGAGCCUUAAAAAGGUUUAUGAACUUUAA